UUUCUCUCUCUCUCUUUUCUCUCUUUUCUCUCAGGGGAGAGGAGGAGCAGUCUGAGCUUUCUACUAGUCUAAGAGUAACUCUCCCACGGAGCGGACAGGUCCAUCAGAACCAGUUGAGACUGAUCCCUUCUCUCCUGCUCACAACAUGGCGAUGAUCCUGCAGCCCAUGCCUGAACCGGUAGUAGUGAUAGAACCCCAACCUGCAAUAAUCCAGCCUGUGAUGCAGCAGCAAGUCAUUUACCAGGAGCCAGCUGUGAUCCAAUCCGCCCCUCCUAUAACCGUGGUGCAGACGGGUCCUGCUGUGGUGGUCCAGCCUCAUCUGGGAGAAUCCCCUGGGCGGAUGAAGUGUAUGUACUGCCAGCAGGAAAUCGUUACAGUCACCAAACCCGUCACUGGAAUUCUGACCUGGACCAUCUUCGGAGUCCUCCUCGCCUGCCUGAUCUGGCCGUUCUGUCUGAUUCCGUUCUGUUGCGCUCCCUGUAAAGACGUGGAGCACACCUGUCCAUACUGCCAUAACAUCCUCUCAGUAUACAAGCGCAUGUGAUCCAUUACCCUGAACCCCAACCACCCAAAGAACAUCAUUAAUAACUGAGAAUAUCCACGACACUCACGCUUCACUCUGUGGUGAAAAAAUAGCACUCGAACUCCAGCUUUUACUUUUAGAAUCAAGUUUUCUUAAGAUGAUCUGAACAAUCUGUGGUGAAACGUUUACUCAGAAGUUGAACACUUCAGAAAAUCAUUUCUCCUCUUCCUGUUUCAGUUUUAACAUGUUCUUUUAUGUUUUUCUUGUGAAGAGUAUUUUUUUAAUACUUUUUCACACCAACCCACCUCAGUUUCCCAUUAAAGAGCUUCUAAAAAAACACUCUACAAUUACUUUUAGCUAUUGUCUCAAAUAAAAAAAAUAAGAUUUAGUAAACUAAAUUAAACAUACAAAACAUACUGCAUUAACUAAGUGUUCAGUAAACAGGCACACUGCACUACUAUACUAUAUAUACUAUACUGUAUAUAUAUACUCAUCUCAUUGUACUAUAUAUAAUAUCUCAGUGUAAUUGUGAUGUUUUAUUAAUUGGAGUGUAUGAUUGCAUGUGUGUGUGUGUGUGUGUGUGACAGAGAGAAUGUGCAAGAGUUAGUUAUGAGAUUCAAUCCAAUAUAAAAAAAAGUUUCAGUAUCAAUUAAAAGUAAUCCAGUUUGCGUUUUCCCACGCUCUGUAAAUGUGUGUAAAAGUGAUGAAUUUGCCUUUAAAAAAUAAAAAUAGUUGAAGUUUUCAGACUAA